UUGGCGAGUGCCUGCCUGGCGCCUACCCACCCUGCAUUCCCUCGCCCGCUCCCGUUCCCACAGGCCCAGCGUGCGCGUCUCUUGGCUAGGCAUCCUUGCCCCUGUGACUUCAGCGUCAUCCAACCUUUGUUGGACACUAACUGUAUGCCAGGCCAUGAGGAUGCAGGAGAGAACGACACGAAGAUCCUCGCCCCCCAAAGCUCCCAGCGGGAGGAGGGGCUGUUUCACUUGGGAAGCGUGGGGAUGUAAUUCUCAGCCCGCCAAUGACUCCGAGGCCGGCCGCCUGCCUGAUGUCUGGCCGGACACUGGACUUCCCCUAGAAGUUGCUCGAGACGAACAAGGGAAGAAAACAAUCCGCUCUCCCGCGCCCCCAGCAGGAAAUCAGGUCGGUUCUCCGAGCCUAGUCUAGCGUGUCCCGACCCGCCAACCAAGGCCCAGUGCCUUCCUCGGCCGCUCCGCCCCUGAGCCGCCAGCCAAUCACGCGCGGCCGGGAAGCCCCGCCCCUCCAGGUGGCCAAUGGUCGCGCGCCCUGCCCGCCCCGCCGCCUCUGCGGGGAGGGUCGUAGGCCCCGGGCGGCGGUCGCCAGGUCGCAGGGCCGGGGGUACCCGAGAUUGGAAAGAGGUGCCAGGAAAACAAUGAAACAAACCAAAACAACGAAGAAGGCAUUCUCUGUAUGCAAGUCGUGAAGCCUCAAAACUAUCUAGGAGGACAGCCAACGACUUGGGACCUGUGGACGCAAUUCUCGUUUCCUGUCAGUCCAUCCACCCUUCAUGGGGCCAGAGCCCUCUCUCCAGAAUCUGAGCAGCAAUGCCGUUUGCUGAAGACAAAACCUAUAAGUAUAUCUGCAGACAUUUCAGCAAUUUUUGCAAUGUGGAUGUUGUAGAGAUUCUGCCUUACCUGCCCUGCCUCACAGCAAGAGACCAGGAUCGACUGCGGGCCACUUGCACACUCUCAGGGAACCGGGACACCCUCUGGCAUCUCUUCAAUACCCUUCAGCGGCGACCCGGCUGGGUGGAGUCCUUCAUUGUGGCGCUGAGGGCCUGUGAGCUGUCUGAUCUCGCGGAUGAAGUGGCCCGUGUCUACCAGAGCUACCAGCCUCGGACCCCGGAACAUCCCCCAGCUCCACUGGAGCCACCGUCAGUUUCUGCUGAGGUGCCAGGACCCUCCACGCCUGCUGCGGCCCACAGCAUCCCCUACAAUGGCUACAGAGAGAAGGAGUCAAGCUACCCCAUGCCUGUCCAGGAGACCCAGCCGCCAGAGUCCCUGGAAGAGAGUUCAGAGCAAGCCCCGCAGACGCUCAGCCCUGGAGCCAUCUCAAGGAGGCCGGGUGGUGGCCCUGUGGAGUCCUCCUCUGACCUGGCAGCCCUUAGCCCUCUGACCUCCAGCGGGCAUCAGGAGCAGGACACAGAACUGGGCAGUACCCACACAGCAGCUGCAACCUCCAGCCUCACGCCAUCCCGUGGGCCUGUGUCUCCAUCAGUCUCCUUCCAGCCUCUGGUCCGAUCCACCCCCAGGGCAAGCCAGUUGCCUGGACCUGCAGGGUCAGUUUCUACUGGUACCUUCUCCUCCUCCUCAUCCCCUGGCUUGGCCUCUGUAGGAGCUGAAGAGGGUGACCAGCCCGAGCCUAUCAUCUGCUCCAGGGGGGCAGAGGCACCUGCCAACUCUCUGCCCUCCAAAGUGCCUACCACCUUGAUGCCUGUGAACACAGUGCCCCUGGAAGUGCCUGCCAACCCAGCAUCUGCCAGCACAGUGCCCUCCAAGUUGCCAUCUGGCUCGAAGCCCCCUGGUGCAGUGCCUUCUAAUGUGCUCACCAAUCCAGCACCAUCCAAAUUGCCCAUCAACUCAACCCGUGCUGACAUGGUGCCAUCCAAAGUGCCCACUAGCAUGAUGCUCACCACAGGGAAUGCCAGCACAGUACUCACCAGCAGAAGCAGCAGAGCUGAGGAGAACCCAGCAGCUCCAACACCCACAGGUGCCACUGGAGGCAGCUCAGCCUGGCUAGACGAUAGCUCGGAGAAUGGGGGCCUUGGGUCGGAGUUGAGCAAGCCUGACGUGCUGGUAUCCCAGGUAGACAGCCUAUUCUCGGGCUGCUCUGAGGAUCUUGCCAUCAGUGCCAGCAGCUCCUUGGGCGUGGGGCCCUGCCAUGGCCCAGAGGAAAAUGAGUACAAGUCCGAGGGCAGCUUUGGGAUCCACGUGGCUGAGAACCCCAGCAUCCAGCUCCUGGAGGGCAACCCUGGGCCACCUGCAGACCUGGAGGGUGGCCCCAGGCCACACACCGACCAGAAGUUCCAGGACGAGGAGGUGCCAUGCCACUGGUCCUCGCUUGGGUCUCCGUGGCUCCAGGCAGCUGUGGCAGGGGUGCUGGCAGCCAUACUCCUGGCAGUGCUGUACCAGCGGCGCCAGCUCUAGUGCAGCCCUGGGCCCUUCCCACCACCCAUCUGCUCCGUUCCUGCAGUAUACCUGGCUGCUCUCCAAAGCCCCUUAUUGCUUUCUUAGGGAUGGUGGAAGCUAUGUCAGAGGGGAGCUAAGGGACUGCAGCCCUGGCAGCAGGACGUGCCUUGGCUGAACCAAGUCCUGAGAGCAGCAUCUCCAUCCCCGCUGUGCCCUCUGUGCAUCCCUAUCCUUGGCUUUCUGGGACCUGGGCUGCCCUCGAUGCUCCAGACCUCCACCAGUAACCCAGGUUAUCACCCAUGUCCUCCAGAGGAGCUUCCCCGUCCAGGCCUCAGCCCUGUUGGCCCAGGUGGAUCGGGGGAGCCACUGGAACACAUGGGAGUUGGGAAUGCUCCUCCUGUUGCACUGGUCCCCUAAGGCCUCAGGGUAGGUGUGUAGUGUGUGGACGACUCCACAAGACCUGGCUUCUAGACCGUUGCACUCAGGCAGGCAGGAGUGGCAGGGUAGCUGCUCUCCAUGGGCCCAAAUGCCUUGGGUUCCUGCCCCACUGGGCCCCCUCCCCUUCUGGGCAAUCCUGGGAAGGUCUGGAGGUUCCUGGGAUCUCAGGGAAGCCAGGGGCAGCUGCCAGGCCUGAGGAAGACCUCUGAAGCUCCUCUCCAGCCUCCGCUUUCCCUCCCCUCUGGCUCCCUUCUCUUCAGCCCCCUACAUGGGCUGGGGAGGAAACACCUGGCGGGCACAGCUCAGGCAGAGGUUUGGAUUUCAGCUCCCCACUUCCUGGGCUGCAUGGCCUUGGUGGAUGUCAGACUUCUGGGCUUGCUUCUCCAUGUGGACAAUGAGUAUCUGGCUCAUUCUUCACUGGGUUAUUCUGACAUUGAAACCUGCAAGUGUUUGCCAAGUGCCUAGCCCAGAGCAGGUGGUCACUAACUGCUUCUCCCACCUCUCUCCUGUCCGAGCUGGUAGAGCUGAGAGCAUGAGGAGAGGAGUGCACAGGGGCCAGUGGUGCAGCUCUGCACGCAGGCAGCCGAGACCUCUUCCCAUGCUGCCUCUCACCAGCUCUGCAACCUUGGGCAAGGGAUCCAUCUCUCUGUGCUUUAGUUUUCUCACCUAUAAAAUGAUCAGUAUCUAUGUGUAUUUCCCAGUGCUGUGAGGAUUAAAGUUUAUCCAUAUAGAUCUUAGGAUGAGUCCUGGCAUUUACCAAGGAUUGAAUAUGUGUUAUUAUCACUUUUUUUUUUUUUGAGACAGAGUCU